GCGAAUACGGCUAUUACCUGUGUGGUGUUAUGAAAACGUGUUUCGAGACAUCACGGAUGUACAUUUUGUACAUGGAUGUGGCAUUCCGUUUGUACAUUGUUUAGACUGACUAUGCCCGGUGUACAUGCAUAUAGCUAGCUAGUAGAUUUGAUUUCUUUGGGUGUGCGUGUGUUUGAAGUAAUUGUUCAUUGCAAUUCUUGGAGCAAUGUGCUCGUUUUGGAAAUUUAACAAAGUACGUAAUAAAACACCACGCAUAACAGACUGCUGCGCCCGACAGGACGGAGGUAUAAUUCAAGAUUUACAUCGUUAACGAUGCCCUAGCGUAGAGGAUGGAUAAGUUUCUGCAGAUCGCGCCCCAUUCCCUGGCCAUAGUGCUGUCUCGGGUCGGCGCCGAGGACUCGCCCACGGUGACCGAGAAGCUGCAGCAUCACCACACGGGCUACGAGAUAUUCGCGGACUUCAAAGCCGAGAACAUGCAGCACUUCUGGAACAAAAAGGUCACCGACGCCAUAUCAGAGACUUUCUUCCUCGGCUGGAUAGACGAGCACGUGCUGCUCAUUCAGGGAAAGGAGGAUCACCUGGAGGUGCUGCGGGAGGGAUGGAUGAGGAGGUCGCUCAAGCCGCCGCGAGGAUUCGAGAUCAAGUGCCUGGGUGAUGUGUCACCCAUCAGCAUGUCUCCGAUCAGCCAGUCGCAGUUCAUCCCGCUGGGGGAGAUCCUCUGCCUGGCCAUCUCAGCCAUGAACUCCGCCCGCAAGCCCGUCACCCAGGAGGCCCUGAUGGAGCACCUAGCCACCUGCUUUCCAGGUGUGCCGACGCCCAGCCCGGAGAUUCUCCGGCACACGCUGAACAUGCUGGUGCGGGAGAGGAAGAUCUACCCCACGCCGGAAGGGUACUUCAUCGUCACACCGCAGACGUACUUCAUAACGCCCUCCCUCAUCAGGACCAACAGCAAGUGGUACCACCUGGACGAGCGGAUACCGGACCGGCCGCAGCAGCAGUGCACCUCCCCCCAGUCCGGCACCAUCACCCCCUCGGCCUCGGGCUGCGUUCGGGACAGGCCCCACCACAAGAACCACUGCGACUCCUACAACUCGUACCGGGACGACCUGCCCAGCGUCCACGCCUCCACCCUCCAGAGGAAGUCCCCGAAAGACCUUAAGGACCCCUACCCGCCCCCGCCCCCCUCGUCCUCACUCCACCAGGCCGCCGCCCCCACGGAGAAGAGCAAGAGCACCGCCAACUUCUCCUACAAGACGGACACGCUGACCAAACGCAAGGAAGGGGCCACCGGCGAGAAGCAGGCCAAGAAGUUUGGCCUGAAGCUCUUCCGGCUGAGCUUCAAGAAGGACAAGACGAAGCAGCUGGCCAACUUCUCUGCCCAGUUCCCGCCGGAGGAGUGGCCGCUGCGGGACGAGGACGCGCCGGCCGCCAUCCCCCGGGAGGUGGAGAUGGAGAUCAUCCGCCGGAUCAACCCGGACCUGACGGUGGAGAACGUGAUGCGGCACACAGCGGUGAUGAAGAGGCUGGAGGAGGAGAAGGCCCAGAGGAGCAAGGCGGGCUCGUCGGCGCAGCACAGCGCCCGCAGCCGGAGGAGCCGGGGCCACCGCAAGGCCCACGCCAAGCCCCGCUCGCACAGCAAGACGCGGGCAUCCCGCGGCGACCCGUCCGAGGGCUCUAACCUGGACCUGACAGGUGGCGGCGAGCGGGACUACAGCUUCCACGCCGCCUCGUUCGCGCGCUCGCCCAGGGACGGCAUGUUCUCGGUGGAGCGCAGCCGGGGCAGCUACCUGGUCCACAGCAACCCCAACAUCGUGGAGUCGCACUUCCCUGUCACGCCCGAGUGGGAUGUGUCGGGGGAGCUGGCCAAACGGAGGACGGAGAUGCCCUUCCCGGAGCCCUCGAGGGGGACCUCCCACUCGAAGGUUCACCGCAGCCACAGCCACACGCAGGACCGGAAGUCGCGCAACGAGCGGUCCGACAAGGCCAAAGAGCGGUCCCGCUCCAUGGACAACUCCAAGGGCCCGCUGGGGAUCGCCUCCGGGGCCGCCUCCGAGGACUUCGACCACAGCCCCGACGACCGGAGCCGCUACUACACCGAUGACGGUACGCUGAGGGCGGCCCAGGCGCCCCACUACUCGCGCAUCAUGUUCUCCGCUGCUAAGUUCAACUCUGAGGUCUGCGUGCCCGACAUCGGGAAGGGUGCCUCGGAGGACUCCCGCAUCUGCAGCCCGCUGGAAAAGAACAAGAGCAGGGACAGCUUGCCGGCCUACAGCGACCUGAAGCCUUGUUCGCCCAAGCUCACGGCUGAUGACUACUUUCAGUGCAAUACGUCCAACGAAACGAUUCUCACCGCCCCCUCACCCCUAGGAAAACCCGAUCACGACACCCUUACCUCGUCGGAUGGUGUCAGGAAGGGGUCUCCUUCGGACCGGCAGACCCCUCAUCUCACCUCCCCCCACCCCAUGGAAUACAAAGAGGACGUGGUGAAGGGACAGAACGGCGUCGGCCCGCUGGGGGCGAGCCAGACGCCGGAGCCCUUGCCCAACGGACGUUUGAUACACCAACACAACGCCGACCCCGGCGGCACGGACAAGCGGAAAGAGAUCUUCAGCAAGGACACCUUGUUCAAACCCCCCCUCAACGCGCUCGCCGUCGGCUACGUGGAAGGCGGCCACCCCAAGUCGGGCACGUUGCGGAAAUCCCCGCACCCGAAGUCGGCGGAGGUCGCCGACGGGCCGGAGCCGGUGCCCGCGGCGCCCCCUGGUGCCUCGGCGCCGCCGGGCUCCGAGCCGGCCUCGGGGGCGGCGGAGGCCGCCUUUGACUACUACAACGUGUCGGACGAUGACGACUCGGAGGAGGCCGUGCGGAAGGCCAGGGCAGAGGAGGGCAAGGGCCGAGAGGGCGGCGGGACCAUGCAGUGGCUGCUAGAGAGAGAGAAGGAGAGGGACCUGCAGCGCAAGUUCGAGAGCAACCUCACCCUCCUCAGCCCCAAGGAGGGCGAGAACAACAGCAGCCAAAAGUCCGCCCACUCGGCCCGCCUCGACAGCAUGGACAGCAGCAGCGUCACGGUGGACAGUGGAUUUAACUCUCCACGCACGCGUGAAAGUCUGGCCUCCAACACCUCCAGCAUAGUGGAGAGCAAUAGACGGCAGAACCCUGCCCUAAGCCCCGGGCACAUAGGCACCACCAGCAGCGGCCCCCCCUUCAGCUUCCGCGCCAUCCCGGAGCCCCCCACCACCCAGCCAGAGAAACUGCAGAAAUCGCCCAACUGCUUAGCUUCCAUCACGAGCGUCUGACAGCGGCCUACCGAGGGAGGGGGAGGCAGAGCGGGCGGGCGUGUCUCCGCCCCGACUCCGCCCCUGACCCCUCCCCACACUCCCGCAACCCUGUACCGCGACGGGACUGUUAAACCCACAGGCGUGCCACCCAGCCCGGAUGCCCGAGACUGUUUCCGCAGUGUCAAAAAAAAAAGCUUGCCACUAACGAAA